AUGGAAGCCAUCUCUGUGGCAAACAAUCAGUUCACAGCUGACAUCGCGAAAAAUGUUGUCAUUGAUCAGAAUCUGGCCAUGUCAUCAUUCAGUAUAUUUGUUGCUUUGGCAAUGUCCUCUAUUGGAGCAAGGAAUACAACUGAAACCCAGAUGAAAAAGACUCUUCAUCUAGAUAACAUUAGAGAUGUUCAUCCCAGAUUUAAGGAACUCUUCACUUCUCUUUCAUCUCAAGAGUACAUACUCGAUAUUGCAAAUGGAUUGUUUGUUGAACAGACGUUUCCCAUCCUUAAUUCUUUCUUACAAGAUGUUAGCUUGUGGUAUAAUGUAGAACCAGAAAAUGUAGACUUUCUUGGAGACAGUGAAGGAGUUCGUCAACACAUCAACAGCUUGAUAGAACAACAGACAAAAGGUUUAAUUCAAGACUUAUUGCCCUCUGGCUCAGUAUCAUCUGACACAGUAUCUGUUGUGACAAAUGCUAUUUAUCUUGCUGCAAACUGGAGUGCAAGGUUUCAACGUGGUAAUACAGCGAAUGCUUCCUUUACUUUAAGAAACAAUGAACAGGUAACUGUAGAGAUGAUGUCCAUGAAAGCUAAGUUUAAUACACGCAACAUAAGUGAAGACAACGUAAGGGUCCUUGAACUCCCCUAUGGAGAAUCAAAGGACAUGAGUAUGUACAUUAUGAUGCCUGAUGAGGGGACAGAUAUAUUAGAGGUUGAGCGUGGUAUUACAUAUGAAAAAUUAAUGGACUGGACAAAUUUAAGUAAAAUGAAACAAACAACUCUUCACGUGAAUGUUCCUCGAUUCGAAAUUGAACAUAGAAUUAAUCCCACAAAUAUUUUGAAAAGUUUGGGAAUGACUGAUGCCUUCAACAAAUUAUCAGCAAACUUUUCAGGGAUAUCUGACACAACUGGAGUAUAUAUAACAGGUGUGCUUCACAAGGCCUUUAUAAAAGUUGAUGAAGAUGGAACCGAAGCAGCAGCAGCUACUGGGAUUGUGUUUGGAACAACUAGUGCAAUAAUUCCACAAUAUACAUUUAACGUAAACCGGCCUUUUCUUUUUACCAUACAGCAAAAUCAUUUUGGCAGAUGCAUUCUAUUCUAUGGAAAAUUCCAGUCACCAUAA